GCUCCGAGGCCGAGGAGGAAAGACGGCGAGACGGCCGAGGCUGCGGCUAGAGAGGUUGGAGUCAGGUUAUUUUAAGAAGUUAUUCCUUCAUCCAAGAAAUAGCACUUCAAGCCAACAAAACCUGAUUGGCAGUUUACUGACCAUUUAGAGAUAAAACAGUCUUUAUCUUCAGGAGGUUGAUGGUUUAAUAGAACAGUCAAAAGCAAACAAAUAAUUUCAGUGUAUGGGUUAGCCCCAUACAGUAAUAGGAGAAUGUACAAAAUAUAGUAGAGGGAACAAAUUUUGGGAGAUAGUCCGAGAAAGUGGUAGUAUAGUAAAAUUCAUAAGCUGUAAAAGAGCUAGAUUAUAUUAGGAGGAGGAAGUACAAAACUACAAAAGGGAGGUUUAGGGAAGUAUGAGUAAUUUGGUAUAACUAGGUUAUGAAUCCGUAAGAGUGGUGGUAGGAGAUAAGUAAGACUAGAGAGAGAUUUAGCCUUUGAAUGCUGUCCUUAGGAGCUUUGCCUUUAUUGUAUAGAUUGAAGAACCAAAAUGGGCUUCACAUAUGGGAGGCCCAUUGUGCCUUUUUAGCAUAUCUCUCAGAGGUUUAAAUUUGAGGGGUGUUACUGAAGCAUGAUAGAACAGUAGUUCAGGUGAGAGGUGAUACAUGUCUAAACUAGGACACUAGCAAUGGCAAGAGAGUAGAGGAUAGAUUCCAGAGGUGUUAAGGAUAAAAGUUGGCAGAAUUUGGUUGGAGAGAUGAGAAAUGAGAUGAGAGAUGAGAAAAGGAUUUUCUGUUUUUCUUUAUCUGCAUUCCUUGAUUAAAGCAUGGAAGCUGAGAUGUCACUUUGUAAGAUGUGUGCAGACAUGGGGGUUUGUGGAGAAUGUUUAGAUGAGAGACAGAUGUGAAAGACAAGUAUUCUAUUAAGAAAGAAGUUAAAAUGGUUGGGUUCCAGAUUGGGCAGGAAAAGAAAUGAAACUGUCAACUGCCUAAGAAAAGAAGGCUGUCAAGAAACUAGAGGUCCUUGUGAAAUUAAAGAGUUGUGGGAAUGAGUAAGUUAGCUGGAGGGACCAGAGUUUGUAAUCUAAGACGAAGAUUACAAUUUUAGAGAGGUAGCACUGUAGGUGGCUUAUAGUUCCGCAUGUAUCAUCAUAUUUUUUUGCUGGAUGGACAGGGAGGUGAAAUUCACUGAAUUUAGGAUAAUAGGAAUUAAAAACGGGAGUACAGUUUUUCUCAAAGUGGAUUCGAUGGGUUACCUGCAUCACUUUCACUUAAGCACAGCAUGAACCAGCAAUGGAAGACAAAAUACCUCACAGUGUUUGACUGCCUGUGAAGAUGAUUGUUUAUUUUUGUGACAGACAGCUGUGGGAUUUGUAAUAGAAAUGAUGGCUGGCUGUGGUGAAAUUGAUCACUCAAUAAACAUGCUUCCUACGAACAGGAAAGCGAAUGAGUCCUGUGCAAAUACUGCACCUUCUCUAACUGUCCCUGAAUGUGCCAUUUGUCUGCAAACAUGUGUUCACCCAGUCAGUCUGCCUUGUAAGCAUGUUUUCUGCUAUCUGUGUGUAAAGGGAGCUUCAUGGCUUGGAAAGCGAUGUGCCCUCUGUCGACAAGAAAUCCCUGAAGAUUUCCUUGACAAGCCAACCUUAUUGUCACCAGAAGAACUCAAGGCCGCGAGUAGAGGAAAUGGUGAAUAUGCAUGGUAUUACGAAGGAAGAAAUGGGUGGUGGCAGUAUGAUGAGCGCACUAGUAGAGAACUGGAAGAUGCUUUUUCUAAAGGUAAAAAGAGCACUGAAAUGUUAAUUGCUGGGUUUCUGUAUGUUGCUGAUCUUGAAAAUAUGGUUCAGUACAGGAGAAAUGAACAUGGACGUCGCAGGAAGAUUAAGCGGGAUAUAAUAGAUAUACCAAAGAAGGGAGUAGCUGGACUUAGGCUGGACUGUGACGCUAAUACCGUAAACCUAGCGCGAGAGAGCUCUGCCGAUGGAGCGGACAGCGUAUCAGCACAGAGUGGAGCUUCUUCCAUUCAGCCUCUAGUGUCUUCUGUAAGGCCCCUGACAUCAGUAGAUGGUCAGUUAACAAGCCCUGCAACUCCAUCCCCUGAUGCAAGCACUUCUCUGGAAGACUCUUUUGCUCAUUUGCAGCUCAGCGGAGACAGCAUAGCUGAAAGGAGUCACAGGGGGGAAGGAGAAGAAGAUCGUGAAUCACCAUCCUCAGGCAGGGUACCGGCACCAGACACCUCCAUUGAAGAAACCGAAUCAGAUGCCAGUAGUGAUAGUGAGGAUGUAUCUGCGCUUGUUGCACAACACUCCUUGACCCAACAGAGACUUUUGGUUCCUAAUGCAAACCAGACAGUAUCUGAUCGAUCAGAUCGAUCAGGAACUGAUCUAUCAGUAGCAGGGGGUGGAACAGUGAAUGCUGGUGUCAGAUCUAGAAGGCCUGAUGGACAGUGCACAGUAACUGAAGUUUAAAUAAAAGUCUUCCGCUCCAUGCUCAAAGUUAAAAUGGUUAUCUGUAAAUUUCUGCCCACAUAACAUUAUACUCAUCCCUGGUAGUGCAUUUUUGGGAGUUGGGGUGGGAAAGGGUAUGGGGAGGACAGACUUGUAAUUAAAAUGUCUAACAUGUCUGUUGAGGAAUUUAUUUAAUAUAAGGAACUUGGCGUUAAUAGUUGAGAGCGGUUUAGUAAUAACCCAGUUUUCUUGAGGUCUGUUUAUUUUAUAUAUUUUUUAAAUUUCUUCAGUUCUUUUGGCCAAUGUGUGUGUAUUAUCUGUGCAUUAACAGUCCUCAUCUGACUCUUGCGUUGUGUCUUAUUUUUCUGCAUGGAUUGAUGUAAAACCAUUACUCAAAUUUGGCAUCUAUGAGAUGUUGGUAUUGGUAUGAACAGGAAGCUUAAUUAAUGUGAGAAUAAAUGUGAAUCUGGGAUUUUAAAAUAGAU